AUGGGUGCGCGUGUCGGUGAAGCAGCUCCAGCCUUCAAGACGACGGCAGUAUUGGCAGAUAACACGUUUGCGGAGGUGAGUCUGUCCCAGUUCAAGGGUAAGUACUUGUUGUUAUUCUUCUACCCGCUGGACUUUACAUUUGUAUGUCCCUCUGAGAUUUUGGCGUUCAACAGCGCAGUGGCCGAGUUCAAGAACCGCGGUGUGGAGUUGGUGGGUUGCUCGAUCGACUCUCACUUCACUCACAAGGCCUGGAAGGACACGCCGGUUGAGAAGGGCGGCAUCGGACAGGUGCAGUUCCCAAUCCUCUCGGACGUGACGCACGAGAUCGUCAAAGCCUACGGCGUUGAGGCUGCCGGUGGCAUGGCCUACCGUGGGCUGUUCCUCAUUGAUGCUGAGGGAAUUGUGCGCCACAUGCUCGUCAAUGACUUGCCCCUUGGCCGCUCCGUUGAAGAGGCACUCCGCGUUGUAGACGCACUCCAAUUCACCGAAAAGUACGGAGAGGUAUGCCCCGCCAACUGGAAGAAAGGCAUGAAGGCCAUGAAGCCAACUGCCGACGGCGUCGCCGAGUACCUCAAGGAACAGUAUGCGGGACGCAAUUAA